AUGGAGAACACAAACAAUGUGACUGAAUUCAUUUUCUUGGGACUUACAUCGGAUCCGAACUUACAGAAAGCCUAUUUUGGGCUCUUUUUGGUCUUCUACACAGCAAUUCUGCUGGGGAACCUACUUAUCAUUGUCACAGUCAAGAGCAGCCCUCGUCUGAACUCACCUAUGUACUUCUUCCUUAGUUACCUCUCCUUAGUAGACAUUUGCUACUCUUCUGUUACUACUCCCAAACUGAUUGCGGAUUUCCUUGUUGAGAAGAAGACCAUUUCCUUUGCUGGCUGCAUAAUGCAGCUCUUUGGGUUCCACUUCUUUGGUUGCACUGAAAUCUUUCUUCUCACAGUAAUGGCGUUUGACCGGUACAUAGCCAUCUGCAAGCCCCUCCACUACACAAAUAUUAUGAGCAAGCGUGUAUGCAGUUGGAUGGUUGGGUUUUCAUGGGUGGGAGGGUUUCUGCAUUCAUUAUUACAGACUCUCCUCACCAUAAAUCUUCCCUUUUGUGGGCCCAAUGAAAUUGACCACUAUUUCUGUGAUGUCCACCCUUUACUGAAGUUGGCCUGUGCUGAUACUUACAUUGUUGUACUCAUUGUCAUUGUCGAUAGUGGCAUUAUUUCCCUGAGUUGCUUUCUUGCCUUGACGAUUUCAUAUAUCAUUAUCCUAGUCUCACUGAGAACUCAUUCUUCUGAAGGACGCCUCAAAGCCCUCUCUACUUGUGCCUCCCACAUCACAGUUGUGAUUUUAUUUUUUGGGCCCUGCAUCUUCAUCUACCUGAGGCCUUCCGCUACAUUCUCAGAGGACAAGAAUGUGGCCAUCUUCUAUACUGUCAUCACCCCUAUGCUCAAUCCUUUAAUUUAUACCCUGAGAAAUGAAGAGGUGAAAAGUUCAAUGAGAAAGUUAGGUAGCAAAAAACGGCUUAUUCCAAGCCAGCUGUGGUUUGAAUAUUGGGCGAAGCCUGGAGGGGGUGGAAUUAGAGAGGACUUCAGUAGCCUGGCCAGUGACAACCCCAUCCCAGAGAUGCUGACUGUGAUAGAUGAGAUGGUGACUGACAGUGAACUUCCCAUCACUACCCCUUCCGAACUGGCUUUCCCUCCCGAGCUGCCUCCUGCUCCACUCUUGGGGCUGGAGGAGUCAGUAAUGGGAGUGGAGAUGGAACCUGGGGAAGAACUGGUCAAGGCAUCUCCUCCCCUGUUGCCAAGGAUGCACUGCAUGAACAAGCUGAGCCAGCUCUCCAGCCUGUCCGUUGGAGUGCCUGCUUGCUGGCACAGUCCUGAGAGACCAUUCCUGCACAAGUAG